UCGACCACAUUUAGAUCACAUCCGAAAUAUUCCAAAAUCCGAGAACCUAAUAGAACUUAUAGAACGCUGUUGGAAUGGAGAUGCAGAGAAACGACCGACAAUGCAAGAAAUAAUAAGUAAUAUUAAUAAUUUGUACCCAAUUAUGGAUGUGGAGGAGCCUAACUUAAGUCUGAAAUUACCAGACAAAAAUGAAGUUAACAAAUUGAGUGAUGAAGAUAUGAAUGCAAUUCAGAAAGAUGAAUGGAAAAAUAUUACUAUAGGAGAGCUCAUUGGAUAUGGCUCGCUUGGAGAAGUAUAUAAGGCUCUCUGGAAAACUGAGAAAGGAUCAAAGAUAAUUGCAGUUAAAAGAUAUAUACCUUUUUAUUCGAUCAACUCAAAAAAAUUAACUAUUUUUAGUUCACAACUAAAGCAUGAUAAUAUUCUAAAAUUAUUUUGUGUAUCCAUUGAUUACAAUAGAAGACCUAUUGAACUUAUGGAGUAUGCCGAUUGCGGAACUCUCUAUAGUGCCGUGCAUGAUUGUACAGUGAAUAUUGUUAAUAAUGCAUAUGAAACGUUUUCUUUAAUGUGGGUGUUGCAUUGCGCGAAGGGUCUCAAAUUUCUGCAUGAGCACAACAUUAUUCAUCGUAAUAUAACUUCAAAGAAUCUGUUUCUUUUUAACAAUUAUCAAACCCUAAAGAUUCGACUACCUGAAACAGUGAGGACAGAGGGUACAUAUAUGACACAAUAUGUUGGAACUUUUGAUUAUAUGGCUCCAGAAAUUUUGGAAGGGAUGCAAUACACCAAAAAGUGCGAUAUCUAUAGCUUUGGGAUAAUGCUGUGGGAGGUGAGGUCCCGAAGGAAACCGUUCUACGAAAUAUACUUACAUAGAAAUAUUAUAUAUUUCGAUGUGAUUGAAGGUCUUCGUCCAAAUAUAUAUUUUGUCGUCGACAUUCAAAAUUCGGAUGAGAUAAAAAGUUUGAUUAGAAAAUGCUGGGAUCCGGAUCCACGGGAACGUCCUUCUAUGGAAAAAGUAGUCGCAACUAUGGAAAAAUAUUCUUCUUAUUAAGAGAACGGCAACCAAAUUUUGAAUAUUAUGAAAAAUAUUAUUACCAUCUGCACGUUUAUUUAAAAUUCACGUUCUUCUAGUUUUUGGUUAUAAUUU